UCAUGUCCUCCCUCUCAUAUUAAAACCCCGUCUUCCUUCCUCUCUCUCUCUCUCUCUCUCUCUCUCUCUAAGGAUGGUGAAGAUGCCUCACGCCAUCUUCUUCGCUUUGGGCUACAUGAGGGACUUCUUCAGGAAAAUCCUAGAUUUUCCCAAGUCCAUGAAUGUCGGGGGAUACGAGCCAUUAUGUUCAGGGAUGGAGGAUUUCUACGAGCGCCGGCUUUAUCUUCGGGCUCAGGAUUGUGCUAACAGACCAAUUUCAAGCGCACCAGAUUCUUGGAUCGAUGUGGUUGAACGUUAUACCAAUGACAAUAAUAAGACAUUGCACCGGACCACAAAUUCUACUAGAUGUCUCAACCUAGGAUCAUACAAUUACCUUGGUUUUGCUGCAGCGGAUGAAUAUUGCACACCCCGUGUUAUUGAAUCCCUCCAAAAAUACUCUCCCAGUACUUGCAGUGCUUGUGUAGAUGGAGGGACUACAAAACUGCACACCGAACUGGAGGAGUUGAUUGCCCGAUUUGUAGGAAAGACAGCUGCUAUUAUAUUUGGUAUGGGUUAUGUCACAAACUCUGGCAUCAUUCCCGUCCUCAUUGGACAGGGAGGAUUGAUAAUUAGUGAUUCUUUAAAUCAUAACUCAAUUGUCAAUGGUGCUCGAGCAUCAGGGGCAGCAAUACAUGUCUUCCAACACAACAAACCGGCUCACUUAGAGGAGGUGCUAAGAAAGCGGAUUGCUGAGGGACAACCUCGUACACAUAGACGUUGGAAAAAAAUACUAGUUAUUGUUGAGGGAAUCUACAGCAUGGAGGGAGAGCUCUGCAAACUUCCAGAGAUUAUAGCUAUUUGCAAGAAAUAUAAGGCAUAUACUUACUUGGAUGAGGCACAUAGCAUCGGUGCGGUUGGAAAAACAGGCAGAGGUGUUUGUGAGCUCCUCGGAGUAGACCCUGCUGAUGUAGAUAUAAUGAUGGGGACAUUUACAAAAUCAUUUGGAUCUUUUGGGGGCUACAUUGCAGCAUCAAAGGAAAUAAUUCAGUACUUGAAGCACGCUUGCCCCGCACAUCUUUAUGGAACUUCCAUGUCACCACCUGCUGUACAGCAAGUAAUAUCUGCAAUCAAGGUUAUUCUCGGAGAAGAUGGGUCCAAUAGAGGGGCUCUAAAGCUUGCGAAAAUUUGCGAGAACAGCAAUUUCUUCAGAUCAGAACUUAAGAAGAUGGGUUUUGAGGUUCUUGGGGACAAUGAUUCUCCGGUGAUGCCGAUAAUGCUCUACAAUAUAGAAAAAGUCGCAGCCUUCUCCCGGGAAUGUCUGAGAAACAAGGUUGCAGUUGUGAUGGCUGCUUUCCCUGUUGUACCUCUUCUGCUGAGCAGGGUUCGUAUCUGCAUUUCGGCUUCACACUCCAGGGAAGACCUCGUUAAAGCCUUAGAGGUCUUCAGUGAAGCUGCUAACCUUGUUGGCAUCAAGUGCUCACGGGUUGAGCCUCAGCAGACACGCGCUGAAGAGAACACGAAGAAGCUCGAGUAGGAAAAUGUUGCAAAUUCAAAGAUUCAAUUGCCAUAUAAAUUCAGGUCCGUUUCAGUUGAUAGGUUUUCCUUGUGUGUCCCUUUUUGGCGGAUAGCGAUGACAAAUUCUUUAUAGCAGAUAAAUUCAGAAGAAAGUGUAAACUAAACUCGUUUAAGGCGUAUGUAUGAUUGUGUGUUUGAGUGUUAAGCACAUUAUAUGACUAUAUUUGGAUUCGCCUGUGAUGUAGACUUCAGAAUGUACGUAUUCUCACAGCUCUAUUCUAUACUCAGCAUGUGUCUGCAGUCAUUCAGUCAA